AUGGCCUCUCCUCUGCCAACACCAGUGCCGGCGCAGCUUGCUCUGGGUGCGGCCUUGCGGGCCGAAUUUCCAAUCCUCGACCAAAAAGUCAACGGCCUGCCGCUCGUGUACCUCGAUAACGCAGCGACCAGCCAAAAGCCUCGUGCAGUGCUUGACGCUUUGUCGCGUUGCUACACGGAGUACAACGCCAACGUGCACCGCGGCGUGCACGCCCUCAGCGCCAAGGCUACCAACGAGUACGAGGAGGCGCGCGCCAAGGUAGCGGCCUUUAUUGGCGCGUCCACCAGCCGCGAGGUUGUCAUUGUGCGGAAUGCUACGGAGGGAAUCAACCUGGUGUCGAACACGUGGGGAGCGGCCAACAUCAAACAGGGCGACGAGAUCAUCCUCUCCGUCGCGGAGCAUCACGCCAACCUGGUGCCGUGGCAGCUGUUGGCGGCCCGUACAGGCGCCGUACUGCGCCAUGUGCGCCUCACACCCGACAAAUCCCAGCUUGACAUGGACCACUUCCGGUCGCUGCUCUCCCCGCGCACCCGCCUCGUCUCCCUCGUCCACGUCUCCAACGUCCUCGGCUGUGUGCUGGAUACCGCCUACGUGGCCGAGCAGGCACGUCGCGUGGGAGCCAAGCUGCUGCUAGAUUGCUGCCAGUCCGUACCGCACAUGCCUGUGGACGUCUGCAGUCUGGGUGCCGACUGGAUCGUGGCGUCCUCGCACAAGUUCUGUGGGCCCUCCGGUGUGGGCUUCCUGUGGGGCCGCUACGAUGUGCUGGAAUCCAUGGAGCCCUGGAUGGGCGGUGGGGAGAUGAUUGCGGACGUGUUUCUAGACCAGUCCACGUAUGCCCCGCCGCCCAUGCGUUUCGAGGCGGGCACGCCGGCCAUUGCCGAGGCCAUCGGCAUGGGCGCCGCGGCGGAGUGGCUGCAGCAGCUGGGCAUGGAUCGGGUGCAUGCCUUUGAGGAGGAAAUCGGGACGUACUUGUACGAGCGGUUGGUGGCGGUGUCGCCGAGGGUGACGGUGUACGGGCCGAGGCCCGGUGCGCCGCGUGGACGGGCGUCCCUGGCGGCCUUCAACGUGGAGGGACUGCACGCGACUGAUGUGUCAACGUUGCUUGACAUGGCCGGAGUGGCAGUGCGCAGCGGGCACCACUGCGCGCAGCCGCUGCACAGAGAGCUCGGUGUGCCGGCAUCCGCACGCGCGUCGGCAUACAUUUACAACACGGCGGCAGAGAUUGACACGUUCAUAGAGGCGCUCAAGGACACGAUUAAGUUCUUUGACGACGCGCAUGGUGGGGUAGCAUGA